AUCAGGAGACAUCAAGAUGAAGGUUGCUGUAGUGUUGUGUUUCGCCGCCUCUUUGGCUGUUGCUGCUGCCCUGCCUCCCCCCGGUGGCUUUGGCGGAGCCAUGCCUCCUGCAGCGGCAGGAGCCUUCAUCCCCUCCCCGGCCAUGAUCCAGUCCUUCAUCCCGACGCCCGAGGAGAUCAGCGCCCUCAACGCCCUCCACACCACGCCCGCCCCCGGAGCCGCCCCUGCCCCUGCAGUCGUCCCGGGAGCUCCUACGGCGCCACCGACCAUGCCUCCCGCUGUAGCCAACUUGGUGAAGAAGUACCAGGCCGCCGCCGCUGCCUUCAUGCCUCCUGCCGCUGGAGCCAUCUGAGGACCUCUUCCGAAUCUGGAACAUUGGCUCGAGGAAUGGGAAUGUGCUGGGCGCCUUCAUUUUGUUAAAGAGUAGUAUUGCGUAUGCUAGUCAAUAAAGUUAUCUGAA